GCAGCGACUGGCGCUAGAAACCCACCUCCGCUGACGAGGCAGCCUUGCCGCAGCUUCCGCCACCAAUCCCAGUUCCGCAGGCACCUGGACGGGCUGCGCUUCGUUGGGUAGGCUGAAGUCCUUCCGCUCAGUGAUUGGGGAGAACCAUGGAUCGAGAAUCUGCUAAGAUGUGGUGAAAUGCUUGUUUCCAGAGGCUGGUUUUCAUCCUAGCGAGGCGCAGGAAAGCUGGGUUACCUUCUCUCCGCGUGUUAUCGCUACACUGCCCCAGUCCGUUUUUGACAGAGACCCGUCGUGAAUGAGACUCCUGUGCGCUCUUUUCGCGAUUCUCCUCGCCUGUAUCACCUUCGGUCGUAUUUAAUUCCCUAUUGGCACCAUUCCGCGAGAGCCCAACGGAUUUUUUCUGGAACGUAUGCACUUGGAAUUCAACCGAAUCAUUUCGAGGACGAAUAAACCCACUACAGUUGAGAGGGCUAGGGUUGUACAUUUGUUCAAAGACGGCAAUCAUUCGUAGCCAUGUGUUGGGAUCCGUGAGAAUGUGCCGGAAUGUUUUGGAGGAUUGCAGUGAAGAGAAGAUAAGAACGGCGAAUUCAUGCAGCGACUAAUUUGACAAGGCGAAGGCUAUUGUACUCGAAUCGCGGUAAUGCGGGAAGUGAGAUGAGGUUAUGGACUGGUCGGAGGCGAGUGGAGAAAAUCUCUGAGGGUUUAGAGGUGAAGCUUCAAUGAAGCGAGGGAUUUGGGUUUCUGCUUGCGUUUCAGCUGAAGGAGGCAGAGAGGCACUGACUUAAGAUAGGCGGGGAAUUACGAAGGGACAGAGGUGAGAGGCAAUGGUGGCGAGUAGAGAGGAUACCAACGGUGUCUCACUGCAUGCACCAUUGCUGGGGGAUUAUGGGGAGGAGAACGAAAAUGCGCGUCCAAAUCGGGCACGCUAUGAGGUUGUGGUGGCAGUUGGUGACGAACCGCAGGAUGGGUUUGAGAGAUCGGUCUCUGGACGGACCGAGAGGGAGAAUGCGGAGGGUGGAGGUGAGCAACCGGAGGUGAAUUACGACACUCCAGCGCUUGCAAAUCAGAGCGGGAAUACGUUUCAGCAAAUUCACGACCAGAAUAGGAUUCGAUUCAGGGAUCGCUCGAGAAGAGGUUUGCCUAUGACACGAUCAGAACGCAGAGGCCACUCUGUCCGCAACCCCAUACAUAAGAAGUCAUUUGUGGCCCGGGCGGCAUACAGCGCCAAGACCGACACUCUGAAUUUCUUGUACUAUGUUAUGAUAGGGCUAUACAUGUGGCCGAAAUGGAGCUGGGAUGCUAUGAAAGCUAAUACUAAUCUCACCGUUCUAUCUAUUAAACAAGGAGCAUGUGCUGGUUUGGCUUCUGUGCUAUGCGUGCUUCAUUUUCCGCAGCCUUACACACAACUCUCAUCAAUCGCUUUGUGGGCCGUCAUCACUACCGACCUUCUGUACGAGAGUAAUAUUGGACUUUCUAUCAGUAAAGGAUUCAAUCGCGUGCUGGGUACUUUGGCUGCUGGCUUCUUAGGGUUUGGGCUUAAUCAAUUGGGUCCAGAACUUGGACCAGUAUAUCCUUACUAUGUGGUCUUUUGUGUUACGGUAGGAGGUGCCGUUUUCAAAUUUUUGAAAGGGACACCACCCUUGAAAGACCGAUGGGAUUACGCUUUCACUGUAGCAACCAUGGCGUUCCACAUUUUUAUAAUCACUGCGUAUUUAGAUCCAGAAAGAUGGACAUUGCCAAUGCUUAGAUUUUCCAUGAUCUUGCUGGGGUUUUCGAUUGCAACACUUGUCAACAUAGCUUUCCGGCCGGUCUAUGCUGGAGAUUCGCUGCACAAGCUUGUGGCGAAAAACUUUGAGACAGCCGCCUCUGUCUUCGAAAGAUGCGUUCAGGAAUAUAUCAAAGUAACGAUGCUCGAUCAUGUCCCGGACAUUCUGAGUGGGCGCUCUGAGGAUGACAAAAUUCACCAAAGCUACCAUGAGAUAGUGAUGUCAGAUUCGGACAUUGACAAAUUGUUGGGCGCAGUACUCUGGGAACCAUCGCAUGGGAAGUUUUUCAAGGAUUAUCCGUGGCAUAUGUAUGACGACAUUACAGACUACCUUCGUUACACUCUGUACGAUGUCAUAGCUCUUGAUUCGUGUCUUCGGGCAAAUAUUCAAGCACCCAAACAACUCCGAGAUCUUUUUGCCCCGGAGAUGGCGACGAUUGCGACCGAGUGUGCAACUGUGCUACGUACCUUGGGGAAUAGCAUGAAAAACAUGAAAAAGUUCCCAUCAGAAGACAUCAUGAAACGAGCUGAGGAGGCAGCUAUUGCGCUUCAAUAUAAGGUUUAUUUGAAUACAAACAUGCUUCUCGGCAACACAAAUUCUGAGUCUCCUAUAUACCCUCGGUCGAUUUCCUCUGAAGUUUCAAGGUCUUUUACAACCAAUGGUCAGGAAUCUGAAAACUGGAAAGAAUCAAAUUACACUGGGGAUGACAACAUUACGAGUCAAGUUCCGGGAGGUGAGCUGUUCACCAAUGAGUCGUCAAGAACUGUUAGCCCUGCAAUCAACACAGCCCCUUCUGAAGGGAAUCAAAACAGUCGUGGAAAUUCCGAACAGAAAGACACUUCAAUGGUUGGUUCUCCCGGAUUGAGUGGCUCUCCUGGAUGGAGUGGCUCACCACAAGGAGGUAUCUUGCUAGGUAGAUCUGGACCUGUAAAGAAACUGGAUACCCUGACUGAGGGCGUCCAAUCUGUUGAUGUUUCGGUUCCUAAUAGCGGAACUCCAGGCUCAACCUUGGAGCAGCCCUCUGAAACGCAGGCCGGGAUGACCACCCCACGCAAGCGAACACUUGCAUGGCAGGCCACAUUCUCGCACCGUAAGUACAGCUUAGGCUCACAUUGGGAGGGCACACUGGAGAGAAUCUCGGCUCUUUCCUUGGUAAAGUUUGCUUCUCUGCUAAUAGAAGUAGUUUCAAAGAUGAGAUAUGUAGUGGAUUGUGUUGAAGACCUUGCUGAACAGGCUAAAUUUGAACCAUGUUCAAGCUGAGAGUUGAGAUAUGCCCAAAAUUACAUUAAACUUGGUUUUUAUCCUUCUAAACCCUUCCAACAUAGAUUCAAGUCUAUUUUUGUGAAGGUAAGUUUCAAACUCAAAUUUGUGACUCCAACAUACCUCUAGUAUCUCUUAGGGUCAUUUGCGGUUUUUGCAUUUCCAGUUCAAGUGAACUGCAAUGUUUAACUACGUUCAUCUACAAUAACUGUUUCUUCCUGAGAGAGUGCUUCAUAGCAGGCCCUUGUUCUACUA